UAGACUAUAUAUUUACCUGGAUCAGCAAAGUAAUGGCGCACAACACAAAUAUUGAGAAUCGGGACAUUUUGAAUGUUCUUUCUUCGGUCAGACUAACGAAUACACCUAAAAUGGUUUCCAAGGCCAUCAUCAUCUGCACCCUUGCCUUCAUAGGACAGGCUAUCAGCGGGCCAAACUGCAACAUAGCUAUCUCUCCAAAGCUAGCUAGCUCCUCUAGCUACUCGUCCGGUAGCUGCCAGUCCAUCGUCAUAUCUAAUGAUGGAGGCGAGCUGCUCAUCUCUAGCAUCGGCCCCAUUGCGCCCUCCGGCAUCGCCGUCGCCACCGAGCUGGGCCUGGCGGGAGACUUGGAGCUGUCCGGCGAGCUGCCUUACCUGAGCGCGGUGGCGUUCGAGGGCCAGUUCGACACCAGUGGCUCGGCAUCGGUGAGCUACGGCUGUGGGGACAGCGUCGCCAUCACGCAGCAGAUCGGGAACCCGAGCGGCGCCAACGCCAAUAUCAAGACUGGCUCCUCCAAAAGGAUUAGCUGUGGUUGUGCCUAACUUCAAUAAGAUUUAAACCUGUAUUUGGAUAUGAAUAAACUUUUUGCAUGAUUAAA